UGUGCUAAAUGUGUGAACUUUUCACUUGGGGUUUUAAUUCUAAUUUGCCAAAAUUAAUUUAUGAAGUUUUAGUUUGGUUUUAUUAGGCAAAAGUGGAAAUGCACACCAUCUGUUUGAUGAUAUUCCUGCUUAUUAAAUUUUUACUAGUAGAAACAACUGAGUUGGAUUCACUUUUAGAGAUUAAAAGGGGUAUUCAGGAAGAUGCUUCAGGCAAAGUUUUCGGUUCUUGGGAUCCGAAAUCGGUUGCAUCAAAUGGGUGCCCACUUGAUUGGUAUGGCAUUACUUGUAGUAGUAGUAGUAGUGGCCAUGUGACAUCUUUAAUGCUUAAUGGGUUAGGUUUAGUUGGAAAUUUUGAUUUUGGUUUAGUUACUGGACUUACUAUGCUACGUAAUUUAUCGAUAUCUGGUAACCGUUUUGAAGGGACCAUUUCAAAGGAAAUCGGUUCUAUUGUUUCGUUAGAGCAUUUGGAUGUUUCGUCUAAUUUGUUUCAUGGGCCAUUGCCUAUUGAAGUUACUAGUUUAAGUAGAUUGGUGCACUUGAAUCUUUCUUUGAAUAAUCUUGAAGGUACUGUCCCUUCCACUUUUGGGGAUUUUAAACAGUUGAAGUAUCUUGAUUUGCAUUCGAAUAACUUUUCUGGAAAUGUGAUGGACCUUUUAUCAAAUUUAGCUAGUGUAGUUUAUGUUGAUCUUAGUAUAAAUGGUUUCGUUGGAACUCUUGAUUUGGGACUAGGGUCGGAUGAAUUUGUUUCUGCGAUUAAGUACUUUAAUGUUAGCCACAAUAACUUAGGGGGGAAUCUCUUCUCUCAUGAUGGAAUGCCUUAUUUUGAUAAUUUGGAAGUGUUUGAUGCAAGUAAUAAUCAGUUUGUAGGCAAUGUUCCUUCUUUCAAUUUUGUGGUCUCUUUGCGGAUUUUAAGGCUUGGUAGUAACAAGUUGUCAGGGUCUUUACCAGAAGCUCUUUUGCAAGAGAGCUCAAUGAUCUUGUCGGAAUUAGAUCUCAGUCUCAACGAUCUUAGAGGUCCGGUCGACAGUAUAUCAUCUACAACUCUAAGGAGUCUUAAUUUGUCAUCCAACAAGCUUACAGGAAUCUUACCUCUUAUCAUUGGUCACUGUGCCAGGAUAGAUUUAAGUAACAAUUUGUUAUCUGGUAAUUUAUCCCGAAUUCAAGGUUGGGGAAAUUAUGUUGAGGAGAUUGAUCUGAGUUCAAAUUUGUUGAUGGGUACUUUUCCAUUUCACACUUCACAGUUUUUGAGGCUUACUUCUUUCAAAAUCUCCAAUAAUUCAAUUGGAGGUGUUCUAGAUUCGGUUUUAGCCACCUACCCAGAGCUUAAAAUUAUUGAUUUUAGCCAUAAUCAGUUUAAUGGUACACUCUUGCCUAGCCUUUUUAACUCAACCAGAUUUAUUUAUCUAGACAUGUCUUUCAAUAACUUCAGUGGAACCAUACCCAUCCAGGAUAGUACAAUUAAUUUGAGUCUCGAGUUUCUGGAUUUGUCACAUAAUUCACUAACCAAUCACCUUCCUAUCGAAAUUGGAAAUUACCAGAACUUGGGAUUACUUGAUUUGUCUAAUAACGAUUUAGAAGGUGGCAUCCCUGAUAAUCUUCCUAAUGGACUUAAGGUACUAAACGUGUCUUAUAACAAAUUCUCUGGAGUUGUACCCGAAAACUUGAGGAACUUCCCUGAUUCUGCGUUUCAUCCAGGAAAUAAUCUAUUAAGGUUCCCAUAUUCACCAUCUUCACCUCAAGAUUUUCCAAAUAUGAACGCUGGACAUGGUUCUAAAAGAAGAUCAUAUAUUAAGCCUGCUCUUAUCGCUGGCUUGAUUGGUGGUUUAUCUUGUUUAGCAUUAUUGGCGUUCAUUGUGUGGUUCAGAACCCAAAAGAACCAUGAAAAGGACCAGCCUAAGCAAUGUAGUGAAAAACAUAAUAAUCAAAUAGAACCCUCUACAGUUAUUGCCACAUCAGAAACCAACAAAGAUGUUAGUUUUCAUAAAGAUCUUGAUGCGUCAUAUUUGGAUGAUGUAUCGGAUGCGGAAGGGCCAAAAGAUCUUGAGGUGAAGCGAAAAGCAGAAGAACCAUUUCCAUCAUCAUCCUCAAGUAACCCUCGUGAAGAAAAACCACCCGACCCACAUGUAGUUAGUUCUCCGGAUAAAUUACUUGGGGAACUUCAUCUUUUUCAUAACUCAGUGGUUUUCAGCUCACAAGAACUUUCGUCAGCUCCUGCAGAAAUGAUUGGGAGGAGUUGUCAUGGAACUCUAUACAAAGCUGUACUUCAAUCAGGUCAUGUUUUAGCAGUGAAAUGGUUGAAAGAAGGGAUUGCAAAAGGUAGGAAAGAGUUUGCGAGAGAAGUAACAAAACUUGGUAGCAUUAAACACCCAAAUUUGGUAUCCCUGCAGGGUUACUAUUGGGGUCCACAAGAGUAUGAGAAGAUGCUUAUAUCAAAUUAUAUUGAUGCUCCGUGCUUAUCUCUAUAUCUUAAUGAAGCUGAUGUAAAAAAUCUUCCUUCCCUGAACCUUGAUGAUAGAUACAAAAUUGCUGUAGAUAUAGCCUGUUGUUUAAGCUACCUCCACAAUGAGAGAGCCAUACCUCACGGAAACCUGAAAUCCACCAACAUCUUGUUGGAACCCCCCACCAUGAAACACCCUCUUUUGACUGAUUACAGUCUUCACCGUUUGAUGACAUCAUCAGGGACAGCAGAGCAAGUUCUUACCGCAGGUGCACUUGGAUACCGUCCACCCGAGUUUUGUAGCACAAGUAAACCAUGCCCGUCUCUGAAAAGUGAUGUUUAUGCAUUUGGAGUCAUAUUAUUAGAGCUGCUGACUGGAAAAUGUUCAGCAGAGAUGAUUCUGGGCAGCAGCGGAGAGGUUGUGGAUCUGACUGAAUGGGUAAGAUUGCUAUGUUUUGAAAACCGUACCAUUGAGUGUGUUAACCAGGAGAUCUUGAAUAACAGAAAUGAUUUUGUUAAAGUGGCUGAAGACAUGCUUCAGGUUGCGCUUAAAUGUAUACUUCCUGCUGAUGAACGACCUGAUAUGAAAUCUGUUAUGGAAGAUCUUUCACUAAUUCAAUUGUUGUAAACAAUAUUCUGUUUCUGUACUUCAAAAAUUAUUGUAAGUUGUGCAUCUCAGUCUAAGGUAAAUUAUAGGGGCAUUCAUUUGUAAGUUUGUGCCUCUCAGUUAUUCCA